GCUCGGUCCCUGCACGACCCAGUGUACAGGCCACCGAACAUGGUCAUCGGCUACGUCCCCAACAACACACACACGAAGAGCAUCAUGGAAGACGUGGCAAACAAGUUCAACAACUUGAAUAACGCAACCGAGAAUGUGACAGUGAUGGGCUUCAACUCUGAGACGGAUCUUAUUAAUUACUACAUGGAAAAUUCGGUUCAAGUCAACUGGGGUCGUUUUUAUGGGGAUCUACGAAAACAGCUCACUACCAACCUCUGUCUCCUACCGUCUCCGACCAGCAACUGGUGGGGAACAGAGGUGGUUCACCACCCAGACCUACCCCUUCUACCAGAACAAUGCGCCAAGAACGACUGGACCAGACUACUGGGACACCACAGUGGUUUACCUGCAAGCUUUUGUUGGCGAGGCGUUACUAAGUGCGUGGAACGGUUCAAAAACUUAUGCAAACCUCGAAUUGUACGCUCAAGAGAUGCCGUACCCCAAGUACUACACAGACGGCAUGCUGCUGGUCAUCCAGGCUCAGCUUCCACUCUUCAUCAUGCUGUCCUACGUCCUGUCUGUUAUUCAGAUCACCAAGUCCAUUGUCUACGAGAAAGAAAGGAAAAUCAAGGAGUCGAUGAGGCUGAUGGGACUCAAACCCUCCGUUCACUGGCUGUCGUGGUUCCUGACAUCCUUCAUCUUCCUGGUCGUUGCCAUGGCGUUCUACGCCAUUUUGUUCGGGAUUCCUGUGGCCAAAGGCGGGUCAGUGCUGAACAAGACGGACAUCAGCCUCUUCUACGUGUUCCUCCUCUGCUACGCCUUCGCCCUCAUCACCUUCUGCUUCAUGAUCAGCACCAUCACUCAGAAAGCGAACAUCGGUGCUGCGGUUGCUGGAAUCCUUUUCUUUGGUUUCUACUUGCCAUACUUGUUCCUGCAGAGAAACUACGAGACUAUGUCGCUCAGGCAAAAAGUUGUAAUCUCUCUUUUGUUCAACAUGGCCAUGUCGCUUGGGUCCAACACGAUUGGCCUUUACGAAGGAACUGGAGCGGGAGCGAGGUGGAACAACUUCCACCGGCCUGCAACAGUGGACGACAACUUUGCCUUGCUCCACGCAAUGAUCAUGCUGCUUGUAGACACCGCCAUCCACCUCCUAAUCACGUGGUACGUGGAUAACAUACACCCUGGCGAGUUCGGCGUUCCCAAGCCUUUCUACUUCUGCUUCACGAAAUCCUACUGGUGCGGUGGCAGUGGACAUGCUAAGACGGAUUACGAUGGCAGUGACUCAGACGACAGACAUUUUGAAAAGGAACCAUCACUGAGACCUGGAAUUCAGGUUUCCAAUCUUACAAAGAAAUUCGGUAAGAAAAAGUUCGCCGUGAAGAGUCUAAGACUGAACAUGUUUGAAGGGCAGAUAACCGUUCUUCUUGGCCACAAUGGAGCAGGGAAGACAACUACUAUGUCGAUGCUUACAGGUUUCAUACCUCCAACCAGCGGAACUGCGUUCAUCAAUGGCUUCGACAUUCGUACGGACAUCGACAGUGUCCGCAAAAGUCUGGGUCUCUGUCCACAACAUGAUAUUCUCUAUGACACUCUGACAGUGAGAGAACAUCUGACAUUCUUUGCACAGCUCAAAGGAACACCGUCCUCAGAAGUAGAUAAAGAAGUUGAGGAUAUGAUUAAAGAAACUGGGCUGCUUGCUAAGACCAACACACAGUCCCAGAAACUUUCCGGUGGCCAGAAGCGCAAACUUUCUGUUGGAAUCGCGCUUAUUUCCGGAUCAAAGAUCGUUGUACUGGAUGAACCAUCGUCUGGAAUGGACCCCGCGGCCAGACGACAAACAUGGGAGCUACUUCAGCGCCAUCGUCAAGGGAGGACACUGCUGCUGACGACCCAUUACAUGGACGAGGCUGAUGUUCUAGGGGACAGAAUCGCCAUCAUGAGCCAGGGCACGGUCAAGUGUUGCGGGUCUUCUCUCUUCCUCAAAAAACUCUUUGGUGCUGGCUAUCAUUUGGUCAUCGUGAAAUCUCAGCAAUGUAAUGUGGAUAAACUGACGGAGGUGGUGGCGGCCAGGAUUCCAUCAGCGAGCCUGGAGCGCGUGGUCAACGCGGAGAUCUCCUACCUGUUGCCGGACGAGCACUCGGCAAAGUUCGCCGACCUCUUCCGUUUCCUGGACGACCACAAGUCAGAGCUCGGCAUCGUCAGCUUUGGUACCUCUGCCACUACCAUGGAGGAGGUUUUCUUGAAGGUUGGAGAAACUGCAGACGAAGAGGAUCAGAUCAACGCCAAUGAAAAGGAAAGCUUUGUCAACCCUUCUUUCGUCAACGAUGAAGCCGUAGAGUCUAUGAAACGGACAAACGGCGAACUGGGCCUCAAACGUGAACCAAACGGCGACGCCCUGAACAUGAGCUACCAGAAGGUGAAGGGCUGGAGGUUGCAGUGGUCUCGCUUCGUUGGCAUGUUCGUCAAGAAAGUCUUGCUUAGCUGGCGUCAUCGCGUCAUCUCUGUGGUUCAGCUGCUGCUGCCUGUCGUCUUCACCAUCGUCGCUCUUCUCAUCGACACGACGAGCAGAUUUACUGAGAAGGAAAUCAACUUUGACCUGAGCGCAUUCGGUACCUCUCGUAUUCCGUUCAGCAACGGUUCGAACCCUUCCGACGUCACAGCUCUGGCAGCUCAGCGGUACGCUGGUCAGUUCUCUGGUCAGAGGUUAGAGCAGGUAGACCUCGCGGGUGGUAACUAUGACAACUUCAGCGAGUACAUCGCCAUCCGCGCCAACGAACUCACUCUGGCUGCCUACAAGAAAGAGAUGAUCGUGGGGGCGUUAUUCGAAACGACUGCCUCCAACAACUUGAGCGCCACGGCCUACUACAACACUCUACCUUUCCACGCACUUCCCAUCUCUGUCUCCCUGCUUCUGAAUGGACUUGCCAAGACCUUGGGAUCUGCCUACUCCAUCUCCACCUCUAUGCUGCCUUUGCCCAAAGAUCCCGUGUCAGAGGCCAAAGAUCAAGGCGCUGUUAACAACCUCCAAGGGUUUUUGGUGGGCUUCUGUAUUUCCUUCGGCAUGGCAUUCCUGACGUCAAGCUUCGUCUUCUUCCUUGUCAAAGAGCGGGAGGUGGGCUCGAAACACCUGCAAGUCGUCAGCGGCGUCAGUCCCACCAUGUUCUGGCUGGCCACGCUAGUCUGGGACUACAUCAACUACCUCCUCGUCUGCUUCGCCAUGCUUAUCGUCUUCGCCGCCUUCCGGACGACCGCCUACGUCGAGGACAACCGUUUGGGGCUGGUGCUGCUGGUGUUGUUGGUGUACGGGUUGGCCAUCUUGCCCUUCAUCUACACCGUUAGCAACUUUUUCAAGUCGCCAGCCACCGCCAUGGUGAUACUCAUCAUCUUUAACAUCUUUACAGGUCUCGUGACAACAGUGGCCGUCUUCGUGCUAAGCAUCGACGGCCUUAAUACAAAGUCGGAGGCAAAGGCCCUGGAUUGGCUCUUUCUGAUCAUUUUCCCAAAUUAUUGCAUGACCAAAUCAUUCAUGGACAUCUACACCAACUACCUGACGCUGGGUUUGUGCAAAAAGCUUCGGUACACACUGACGUGUCCACUCAUGGGUGGUCCUUGCUGCAAAAGUUACGGAAGGUGUGGCAGCUCAUGCCUGGAUUUUGGCGAGAACUACUUGGCGUGGGAUGCCCCCGGAGUAGGGCGGUUCAUCCUCUUCAUGCUCAUCCAGAGUCUUCUGUUCAUAAUCUUGACCCUGGCUAUUGACUACAACCUCUUCAAACGACUCGCAGCUUACGCAAAGGCUUGCACACGCCGCUCCAGUGGUGAUGUCUUCGACUUGUCCAUGGAGUACAUCAAUGGGUCGGUGAAAUCCAGCUCCGACGACCUGGGUGAGGACAGCGACGUGGCCCACGAAAGUCAGCGCAUCAACAACACCCCGCAACACGAGCUGGCCAAGACCGACUCCCUCUUACUCAAGAAUCUGUGCAAGCAUUAUGGGAAGUUCACAGCCGUCGACCAUGUCAGUGUGGGAGUUCCAGAGCACGAAUGUUUCGGCCUUCUGGGUCAGAAUGGAGCAGGCAAGACCACGACCUUCAAGAUGCUGACUGGAGAUGUCCCAGUGUCCAGUGGCACGGCCAUGCUGAAGUCCUUCGAUGUCGUGCAUCAGAUCAAACAGGUGCAGCAGAACAUGGGUUACUGCCCGCAGUUUGACGCCCUCCUGGAGCAGAUGACUGGCAGAGAAACCUUGACCAUGUACGCCCGACUGCGGGGAGUACCCGAGAACUGCAUCGAGCGCGUGGUCAACGAGUUAAUAAACAUGCUGUGGCUCAAGCCGCACGCUGACAAACUGGCUGGCAACUACAGUGGCGGUAACAAGCGAAAACUGAGCACGGCCAUCGCUCUGGUUGGUGACCCUCCCUUCAUCCUCCUGGACGAGCCGUCAGCUGGGGUCGACCCCGCGGCCCGUCGGCAGCUGUGGGAGGUCUUGUCCAAGGUCCGAGCCAGCGGGAGGACGAUGGUGCUGACGUCACACAGCAUGGAGGAGUGCGACGCCCUCUGCACGCGCAUCGCCAUCAUGGUCAACGGCCGCUUCAAGUGUCUCGGCAGUCCUCAGCAUCUGAAGAACAAGUUCGGCCAAGGCUACACCCUCAUCGUUAAGAUGGGGAUCAAGGACGACGGCGAGACAGCCUCGAACCAACCAGUUGUGCAAGCAGUGACCGAAAACUUCAAAGGAGCCCGCGUCUUUGACGACAUGCAUGGCUACGUCCAUUUUCAGGUGCCGGACACCGGCGUGCACGUGGCAGACGUCUUCUCGCUGAUGGAGCGAGCGAAGGUCGAGCUUCACGUGGAAGACUACUCAGUGCACCAGACGACUGAGCAGGUCUUCCUGGCCUUCACACGCAAGCAGGUGGCACCGAAAAUAAAGAAAGAAGGAUCUGGACUGCUUAAGAGGUUAUGCUGCACUCGCUGUAGGUCUGAUUCUGGCACCAACGAAUAAUUGAAACACGAGGCGGGAACUACGAUUUGAGUGAUUUUUUUUUAACUUCUUGUUUUUCGUCAAUCUUGCAGUGAUGUCUGUGAUCUUUGACCGGUGUCUCAGAGUACUUACCGUUCACCGAACAUCAGAAAGGGCAAUGUGUUAGACUUGUCGACUGUUCAGAAAGGUAAUGAUCUGAGAAAUCAAAAAGCCAAGUUUUUGUGUACUUUGAAUUUUUCUUAUGAAAGAGUGCAUCUGUCAUACUGAAUGUUAUACUCUGUGCGAUGUUUUUUUUCUCUUUUGAUUCAGGUGUUAUGGACAGUAACCAAGUUUCUACGUAUUUAUUUAACAAGAGAGUCAUCUAUAUGUUUGGCACAUAUCGUGCGUAUUUUGUCUUUCUUGGUCUACAACCACAGGACGGGUCAAAAAAUGUGUAUAACACCGAUUAGGUCAUCUUCAAUUUCUUAUGUGAUCAAAAUGUCCUUCAUAAAUAUUGCACCAAUCGUUGGAGCUGUCUCCGGCUUUGAGUCACCAAAUAACAUAUCCUGGAGAACAUUGGUAGCCUGACAACCUCAAGCAAUUUUACUUUUGAUUGUCUAUCUACUGUUAGACCUGGCUGCUUAUUUAUUGUUGUGCAUUGAACAUUGCGCUUGUGUGUAUGUGCAAAGUGUG